CUGGCAGUUAGGAAACCAGCCAGGUGGCUGCACAGGAACAAGCGUGCUGAAGCUUUUGCAACACUGCUGGAUAACCUCAGCACUAGCGACGAGUUUUAGGUCACAGAGAUGUUAAUUUCGUCGUUGCGAACAACGAUUUUUUGCGGGUGCAGAAGUGCUGGCAAGGGAUUUCAAUACAGCACCCGUUCACCGCUUCGAAAAUGGCUCUUGAAGAGAGGUCAGGGCACGGUCACAGUGGAGGGAGGAACAGCCUCCACUCCAGCAUCAGCUACUGUCCCCAAUGCGGCCACAAAUCGCAUAGUGGGUCGAUGGUUACUUGGCUGCAGUGGGCUGGUGGUUGGGGCCAUUGUCUUGGGCGGUGUCACAAGGCUGACAGAAUCUGGGCUUUCCAUGGUUGACUGGCAUCUGGUGAGAGAGAUGAAACCACCACAGUCACAAGCAGAGUGGGAGGCUGAGUUUUCAAAGUACCAGCAGUUUCCAGAAUUCAAAAUAUUGAACCAUAACAUGACUUUGCCAGAGUUUAAGUUUAUCUUCUACAUGGAGUGGGGGCAUCGUAUGUGGGGCAGGCUAGUUGGCUUGGCAUACAUCCUCCCCACUCUUUACUUCUGGAAGAAAGGCUACUUCACUCGCUCCAUGAAGGGAAAAAUGUUGGGGCUUUGCGGGUUUGUCUUCUUUCAGGGCCUUCUGGGGUGGUACAUGGUAAAAAGCGGGCUGGAGGAGAAGCCCGAGUCUCAUGACAUCCCUCGGGUCAGCCAGUAUCGUCUGAGCGCUCAUCUCGGUUCUGCCUUGUUGCUUUACUGUGCCAGCCUGUGGACGGGGCUUACUCUGCUGCUGCCAGCUCACAAGAUGGUAGAAACCAAAAAAGUCAUGUAUCUCAGGAGGUUUGCCAAAGGUACUGGUGGACUCGUCUUCCUCACUGCUCUUUCAGGUGCCUUUGUUGCUGGUUUGGAUGCUGGGCUGGUGUAUAACUCCUUCCCUAAGAUGGCAGAUAAAUGGAUUCCUGACGAUCUGCUGGCCUUCUCUCCUACCCUCAAGAAUUUCUUUGAAAAUCCCACCACUGUGCAAUUUGAUCACAGAAUUUUGGGGAUUACUUCUUUGACAGCAAUUACAGGCCUCUAUCUGUUCUCGAGGAGAAUGAUGCUUCCCAGGAGGGCGAAGAUUGCCAUCAGCCUCCUGGCAGCAAUGGCCUAUACACAGGUUGCGCUGGGUAUCGGCACACUGUUACUUUAUGUCCCCACUCCACUGGCUGCAACUCACCAGUCUGGCUCAGUGGCUCUUCUCUCACUGGCCAUUUGGGUUCUGGCAGAGCUCCGCAGAAUGCCCAAGUAAAUUUCUGCUCCUUUACAGAGAAAACCAAUCCCUGGUUGCUGGACGUCAAGGGUUUAAGAGGCAGCAGUGACUCGAGCAUUGAGAGGAAAAACAUGAAAAACCUUUUAAACUGAGAAGUGUUCUUUAUUUAACAGUGGACUUUUGUGUACAUGCUGAAGCAUCUGUCCAGUGGGAUUGCAGAGUCUUCAUGAGGAGAUAGUAAAUCAGUGGAUCCUAAACUUUUUCUGGACAGCCCCACUUUGGAAUCUGAAAUAAGUUCUCACCCUACACCCCACGGUCAUUUUUUUGGUUAAACUUUAUUUAAAUAAAGGUCAGUAUAAUGGCAUCAGCAAACUAUCUGUGUAAUAUUCCUGAAGAAAAAAAAUCAUAUUCAUUGAAUUCAGUUUAACUUCAAAAUUUUCCAGAAGCUGUCCGCGUCCUGCCUUCUGUGUUCAUCACAGUUUUUAAAAGAAUGCAUCAAGGCCGUCGUCAGGAAUCAAUUCGAAGGAUUGUGAAAGUUCAUUGCUGUCAGGAAAAAAAAAAAUGACUUGUGAAGUAUUUUGCUGUGGCAGGAAUCUCAAAGACAUGCAAAAGACAAAACAAGAAAAAUUUCAGCUUCAAUAACCUAGCAAUUGAAGGCUAUUGUGUACAUGGUGUCCAGCCAGCCAUCUGCAGAAAUAUCCUGAGCAAACUGAAUUACUGCUUUUGUUGAUGUUCACAGUUCGAAAAAGACAUUUUCAAUGAAAAUUUGGGUUCUAAAAUAGUCACAUGUUCUGGCGUACCUGCACAGACACUGCUGCCUGUUAAUUGAAGCAGAUCUGGCUCCUGGGAUUGUAUGUGUAAUUAUGUAUAUUUAAGUUAUAAAGUUUUUUCCUGUUGACAUUGCGAUGAGUAAUUACAAUUUGAAAAUAUGAUUAGUGCAGACAUUGAUUUCCCUUUUCCCCAUUUCUAACUUGUCACAGAUAUGGAAAUAGGUGUAAUUUAUGACUGCUCUCUUCCAAAGCACUGAAAGCGGUCCAGCAUGCACAAAAGCAGGUCCUCCGCUAAGCAGCCAUCCACUGCUUUUCCUGCUGUGACAGGUCAAAAUGUCAACUGUUAUUGCUACUGGUACUUUGUACUGUAUCUUGCUGAAAGGACUCUUAUUUUAAUAAAGACAAUUUAUGUACAG